GGUCCGUCGACAGUUGUCGGCCAUUUUCUCACUAGCUGUGCUAAGACCGAGCCGGUGUUAGGCAACUAGUAGCGAUUUGGCUCGGUACAAGUGACCGCGAGGUGGACUGUACGCGGACGGCUGGUAAAUAAAAGUCCCCUAGAAGAUGAUGAUGUGUCGCAUCUAGUUGUGUUCCGUUCACUCUUUUAGUGCGGGUGCCGAAAGUAUUAAUAACUACGCGGAAAUCCUACCGCCACGAUGUAAAAGUCUGUAACAGUGUUCGGCCUUCUUAAGGAGUUAUCUAUAUAAAUAAUUGUUAUUUGCCCACAAAUUACGAAGAAUUAACACCAUGAAGACAGAGAGGUAACCAAGAACCAGUACUUGCAGUUGGCAGCACUGGCCAAUUCACGAAACACAAUCCUACAAUGAUGCACAGCUGUGAAAGAUGAGAUCAAAUCAAAGGAGCAGGGAUGUUGCGGCAGUUGCUACCACUGCCCCUACUGUUCCACCUUCAUCCCUCCUCCUGUUCUUGAUAACUUGCUUUCUCAUUCAACAACCAUGCGGUGCCUACAGCACAAAUCCAACGACAAACUCUAAUCCUGCCACUGCUGCAAUGGUCAGUGCUACGACGGAGCCGUACGCUCACCACCGCACCCGACACUCGGGAUCCUACUCUCAUAGCCCAUCCUGCCCACAACAGUGCAACUGUCUCCGUGAACACCACCCCUCUUCACCUCCCUCCCUCAGAAUGAACUGCCAUGAUCGCAACUUCAGUGGUAUAGAGAUCCCAAUAAACCUCACCCAACUAUCAUUUACUGCAGUCAACGUUACUAUUCUUCAUUCAGGCACAUUCGGCAAUGCCGCAUUACUGAGAAAUAUUACUUGGCAGAACAGCGACAUUGAGCAGAUAGAUCAUGACGCGUUUUAUAAGCUUCAGAGGCUGUACGUGUUGGAUCUGCGCAAGAACAGGUUGGACACUGUGCACGGAAAGGCUUUCCAUCCACUGUCAGAAUUGAAACUGCUCAACCUGUCAUGGAACAUGUUACACGAUCUUCCAGAAAAUAUCUUUGAAGGCCUUGACAAACUUGAAGAGUUAUCUUUAAGUCAUAAUGAACUCCAUGUGAUACCAUUUCAAGUAUUUGCUCCAUUAAAACUUCUCCAGUUUCUUGACCUAUCAUACAACACAAUUGCCCUCAUUCCUGAUGACUUUUUUUCAUCAAAUCAGCAUAUAAUAUCCUUAUACAUGCAAGGAAAUAGCCUAGCUUCUCUCUCCUCGCAGUCCUUCGCCUGUCUCACUGACUUACGAACGCUGGAUUUAUCCAAUAACUCAUUACGCAACUUGCCAAGAAAUCUCUUCAGUGGACUUAGGAAUCUCCAGUACUUACAUUUAGGGAAAAAUUUACUUCAACAACUUUCCAGUAAUUCCUUCCAUGGUCUGGACAAGCUAGCAUGGUUAAACCUAAGUGAUAAUCCUUUACAGUACCUACCAGCAAAACUGUUCAGCCCAUGUUCGAACUUGGACACGCUAAUUAUAGCGAACACUGAGCUGAAAGUGCUGCUAGACUCUGAUUUCAACGGGCUGGCAAACCUCAAAACAUUGAUUAUAAACAACAAUGAAUACCUCAGGGAAAUUGAUGACCACACACUGGUUCACUGUUCAAACCUACAACACAUCGACUUCAGUGGCAACAACCUAACAAAACUUCCACAAUCCUUGUCUACCCUUACAAAUGUUCAAAAACUCAACCUUGGCAGAAACCCCUGGACGUGUGACUGCCGGAUGCUUUGGUUUCUUCGGUGGAGCAAAAAUCGCACUCUCGUUCAGAAUGAACUGCUAUGCGCAAGUCCCUCCUACAUCAAUGCCAAACGCAGCAAUAUGUUACAUACUUUACGAGGCCUUAACUGUAAAGCUACGCGACUUCUAAGCUCUACUCCACCGCAUCUCUACGAGCUGGGUUCUGACGGGUUACUCGAAUGUUCCUUCACUGGAAGCCCUUCACCAUCAAUAACAUGGGUCACGCCCAUGAACCUCGCUCUUCACUGGAACCCAAAUCCUACCAUGCCAGAUGAAUUCUCCAAGCACCCAUAUGCCCACUACUCAAAUCUAUCAGUGAUAAGUGUUGAAGACAGUGCCCGAGUGCAAGUUCUGGAAAAUGGAACGCUCUACAUCCGCAACAUCCUACGUUCGGAUUGUGGAAGAUACACCUGCUUCGCCGCCAACCCCACGGCAAAUGUGACGGCACACGUUGUAUUGAGCAUAGACCCUAUAACCAUCUACCGCAUCAAAAUUGUCAGCAUUUCUGUUGGAGCAGCUGCUGCACUUGCAUUCCUGUUAGUGGUUUUAUUUAUUCAACUCCUGCUGUACCUGUACAACAGGUUUGGAUGGAUGAGCAAAUGCUGUUGCUGCUGUCGGCAUGAUCGGGUUAGUCCGCGUGCUAGACAAAUCUACCAGAUGCUGGAUAACAUUGAGCAAUACAAGACCCAGCAAUUAGAUCGCCUGCGCGAGAACUACACACAGCAGGUGCACAGAAUCAAGGAUAAUUGUGCUCAACAAGUGGAAUGGAUUCAGUCCAGUUACCAGGGCCAAGUCAAACACCUGCGUGACAUUCGCGAUUACGGCACGAACCAUCUCAGUGCACUGCGAGACCAAUACUAUGACCAGGUUAAACGAGUUCGUGAAUAUUCUACGGGCCAGCUCAACUGGGUGCGAGAGAAUUAUGUCUUCCAACGAAACCGCAUCCGAAAAUUCAGCGCUCAUCAAGUUCUCCGUUUUCGUGAAUCUUACAAAUAUCAACAGCAGACCCUCAAUAAAUUACUGGAGAAUUUGCCAAGUCUCUACCUGGAAAACUGUCGAUCGGGUUCCUGUGGCCGCACUGAUUCACUUGUGUUUGACACAUCAGAUAUUGCAAGAAUGGACAUGUAUAUAAAAGCAAAGCUGAACCACACUUGCAAUAACCUAGAUGAAACUAACACAUCAGAAGAUACUCAGAGCCACUUAUCUUUGUAUUACACACCCACCGAACUCUCAGAAAGCCCACAUUUAUCUCCAGGAACAUUCAUGAAUGAAUUGGUUGCUAGAAUGGAUGGUUCUUUUGAUGAAAGAAAAGAAUUACAGCUAGAAGAUGAUGAGGAAGAUAAAGAGCUUACUGAGCCGCAAACAUCGCCUUAUUUCUUAACUCCUAAUUCUCGCCAAAGAUUGUGUAGGUACACAAAGUAUGAUCACUCAGUGAAAUCUUUAAACGAUCCUUGUGCCGUGUUUAAAAGUGCAACAAAAACGAAGGAAACUGCUUCCGCAGAAGAAGUAUCCAUCCUUCUGCCAGUUACCAAUGUCCAUGGUUAUAAUUUUAGUGCAAGUUUGCCAGAACUAAGUUCACCUCAGAAAGAAAACUAUAUAGCUAUAACUAUUAAAGAUGCUGUACCUAGUGGCAAUUUAGCAAAGAUACCGCAACAUGAAACUGCCUUGUAGUGCCAAGUAGGAUUUUUUUUUGUAAGGUUAAAAUGAGGUAACCUAUACUUGAUUAAUUUAUUCAGUAACUGUGAUAGGAAAGUGGUUUAUUUUGAUUAAGAUGUUGAAGUGUACUGAGAAAGAAGAUUUCAGAGGUGGAAGCUGAAACAGUGUGGCUGACUUUUACACUCUUGUGCGUAAGUACAAUAGUUUUUAAAACAUAUCCUGGUAUGUAUGUCUUCAAGCAAACAGAAUCUUUCCCAUGUCCUAUACAAUUAAUUCUUGAAGACAUACAUGGCAAAUUUCUGGGUUUAAUGUUACUAAAGCUAGCAAUAGUAUUAAUUUAUUUUAAAGGAACGCUUUAUGCCCCUUCAUUCCAUAAACAUAAAUUUUUCCAGUUGCCAUUUCAUGUUAAACUGGCUUCUGAACUUGAAGGUCAUAAUUUUUCAAUAGUUUCCUUCUAAUGUAAUCUUGAGGGUAUUAAAAUUAUUUCAAAAUAGUCUUAAAUUCACUGUUAGUAUUAUAUUUUGUUAUGUGGAGUAACACAAUGUUGUACAUGAAACAUUGGAGCUCAUAACCAUUUUAGCAUUUUACACUUCUUAAAUUAUUCAAUGACUUGACUAUUACAUUUUGCGGUAAAUUUAGCUGCAGAAGUUUACCAACUAAAAUAAUGCUGUCCUGUAUAGUGAGGCCACAAAUGAAUUUUAAGUGUUCAGUCUCCCUAAAGAUGCGAUUAUAAAAAUACAGGGAAAGUAAAAAUCUGGAAAUGAUAAUAUGAUCCCACGUAUGUUCUGAUUUCUUUGUAAAAAUAUAUAAUGCAUGAUCAUGAUGUAGAAAUUCAAUCAGGAAACCCGCUCAUAAUUUUAACAUUUAUUUAAACACAUAAGGAUGAAAAUACAGUUUAUUAUUUGCAUCUUAUUGAGGGCAUCCACAUUUAGAAUGUUUUAGGCGUGUUUUUAACUACAGAACAUGCAGAUAUUCCAAAAUGUACUGCAAGUUAAUAAAAAGUUAUGCAGUUACUUUUAUUGGUUGCUUUCUGGGGUCUACUGUGCAGCAUUUUUGUUGUAAGUUUUAAAAGGAAUGUGAAACACUCGGGACUCUGAAAGGAACCUACAAGGAAACAAAGGAUGUUAAGUUUGAUUCUAGUUUUAUAAAUAUAAUGACGGUGAAGAGACUUUUCAAAAUAAUCCUGCUCUUAAUGUUACAAAGUAUUAUUGUCAUGCAAUAUUUAUUCUGUUCCAAACAAUUUUUAGGUGUUCAUUAUAAUCUCAAAUCAGUGCACAAUUUAGAGGUCAAAACAUAAUGACGGAAGAAGACAAUUAUAUUUUGCUUUACAUAAUGUUAACUUUCUGAAUGCAGGUGCACUUAUACUAAUUUACCACUGGUGUGAAGAAAAUGUUCCAAAAGUAGAUUUCUUAAAAUCCUAUGUAGAAAAGAUCAUAUUUUCCAUAUGUCUGUGCUUGUGCGGAAAAAUUUUUGAUUAAUUGAAAGUAUCUGUGAGUUCUCUGUGACCGCCUUGAGCUUGCACACGAAGUCCACAGGUCAUUAUUUCAUAUGAAGUAAAUUAUUCAUCAGUUCCGUAAGCUGAAGAGGUAUGUGUUUCUACAUAAAAAUUAUAAGUAAUGAAGACCUUCACUAUAUUUAAACACUGAAUUCAGUAUUGCAUAUUUUUAUGCAAAUGUUGAGAGAAUUUACAGGGCAUAGAGCAACAUAAAGAAAUUAUGGGAAAAGGUGCUCCCAAAGCAUUUAAGAUGCGUGAUUUCUCAUGAUGGUAUCCACAGAUGUUUUGCUGCAGCUUCAGUUUUAUAAUAAAAACAAAUAAUAUUUAUUCAGCGCUGCCAAAGGAGUGCCUAUAUUAUAUUUGUUACUGGCGAGAAAUCCGAAAAUAUUACAUCCAGUAACAUAAUUUUGUUAAAGAAUUACUUAUCUUUUUCUUAAAAUGGACUUUGUAUUUUCUGUGUUUACUUUUUAACCUUUACAGUAUGGGGGUAGGGGAUUCAAAUUUUGGUACUAACAGGCUACUGGCUGCUCUGGGGUUAACAGUUUAACGCACUUUGAACGAUUCACUUGCAAGCCACAACAAACGGCCAAUAAAGGCUAAAGCAUAUAACGUUAAUAAAACUGUAGUAUAUUUUGAGAUGUUGACAUAACUUUGGGAGAUACCUAUGUCAUGAUGUAUUGCAGGGGGAAACACUAUUCCAACAUGGAGGAAAAAAAAGGUGUUUGGUUCCUCUUCUUUUCCUUAUUACGCUAUCUUAGCAGCAAGAAUAAUAUUUUCAAAUAAGUACAUAACAUGAUGUCAGAUCUACCCAGCUGCCAAAAGUGGGGUGAGGGGGAAUUAUAUCUUUGUUAAUGGAAGAACCAAACAGCACUGAACAUUUAUAUUUUUAUGGAAAAAAUGAUCAUUAAGUUGAAGAUAUAAAAAUCAGUAUUUCUUUGUUGUCACUGGACUGUUUUAAUUCAUCCAGUAGAUUUGUAGAUCAUUUACAACUCAGAUAAAGAAACUGUAAAGAUUAUACUGCUGUAUUUUCUGCAUGUCUUAUUUUCUUGCCCAUAAUAUAAAUACGUGACCAAA